AUGUACUUCAGUGCUGAAAAUCACCGCAUACCUCUAAGUGAUGGAAACAGCAUUCCUAUCAUUGGACUUGGUACCUACUCAGAACCUAAAUCGACCCCUAAGGGGAACUGUGCGGCAUCAGUGAAGGUUGCCAUUGACAUCGGGUAUCGGCACUUUGAUGGGGCCUACAUCUACCAGAAUGAGCAUGAAGUGGGGGAGGCCAUCAGGGAGAAGAUAGCAGAAGGAAAGGUGCGGAGGGAGGAUAUUUUCUACUGCGGAAAGCUGUGGGCUACAAGACACGUCCCAGAGAUGGUCCGCCCAACCCUGGAGAAGACACUCAAGGUCCUCCAGCUAGAUUAUGUGGAUCUUUACAUCAUUGAAAUACCCAUGGCUUUCAAGCCUGGAGAUGAAGCCUAUCCAAGAGAUGAGAAUGGCAAGUGGUUAUAUCACAAGUCAAACCUGUGCGCCACCUGGGAGGCUUUGGAAGCUUGCAAAGAUGCUGGCUUGGUGAAAUCCCUUGGAGUAUCCAAUUUUAACCGCAGGCAGCUGGAGCUCAUCCUGAACAAACCAGGACUCAAAUAUAAGCCAGUCAGCAACCAGGUUGAGUGCCAUCCAUAUUUCACCCAGCCAAAACUCCUGAAAUUCUGCCAACAACAUGACAUUGUCAUUAUUGCAUACAGCCCUUUGGGGACCUCUAGGAAUCCAACUUGGGUGAAUUUAUCUUCCCCACCUUUGUUAGAGGAUGCGCUUCUCAACUCAUUGGGGAAAAAGUAUAAUAAGACAGCAGCUCAAGUUGUUUUGCGUUUCAACAUCCAGCGAGGAGUGGUUGUCAUUCCUAAAAGCUUUACCCCUGAAAGGAUCAAAGAAAACUUUCAGAUCUUUGACUUUUCUUUCACUGAAAAAGAAAUGAAGGACAUUGAAGCCUUGAAUAAAAACGUCCGCUUCGUGGAACUGUUAAUGUGGAGUGAUCAUCCUGAAUACCCAUUUCAUGAUGAAUACUGACUUCAGAGAGCUUCUGAACUGAUUUUUCCCUCCCAUGUGUGUCAGGACCUUUGACUGUGUAGUUCCACCAGAUGUGAAAAUGAAAGGAGUUUUCCUAUCCUCACACGAAGUGGUGAUGGAAACAUGCUUAAUUUUUGUGUAGUGUAAGUGACUUUGACCUAGCUACAUUGGAGAAAAAAAUGUUUAAAUCUGUUGAAAUAAUUAUUUGGAAAUUAUCAGCUAAUAUUUUAUCAGAUCAAUGUCUUCUGGGUUUCCAAACAAAAAAACAUCAAGCUUUAGAAAAGACUUCAGAGGCAACAUAUAAAGAUAAAUAACAUGAAUCUGAGUACUACCACUGGUAAUCUGAGUUCUUUAGUAGUUAACAGGGCAACAAAAAUUGUGGAGAGCUGGCACAUGCCAUUGUGCUGGCAGUGGCCUUGAUGGUUUGCAUCAUUGACUGUAAGACAGACACAGCCAAGAUAAGAACCACACGUGCAUUAUUAACAAGGCGUGAUUUGCUGCACCUUGAGUAGAGAGAAAGGACUAAGUGUAGAAGAGUCUUAAAAUAGAGCUAAUUAAA